AUGACUGAGUUCAGUGAGUCCAUCAAUGACUCUUGUCUCAUCGAUGCAGGAUACACUGGCUCCAUUUUCACUUGGUGCAACAACAGAUCGGGUAGGGGGCGAAGAUGGGUCAGACUUGAUAGAAUGCUUGUAAAUGCUAGGUGGUUGACCUCGCUCCCUAAGUUCAAAGUCGACCACCUAUCAACGGCCUAUUCGGACCACUCCCCAAUCAUCAUGAGUUUUACGGAUGACACAGCCAAUUUCCCCCAGCCUUUCCUCUUUCAACGUAUGUGGACCACCCAUGAAGACCUCAAGAGGCUUGUAAGGGAAGCCUGGAAAACUGAGGUGGUAGCUGCCCCAAUGUUCAAAGUCUUCAUCAAGAUGAAGCUUCUAAAGAGGACCCUUAAAGAAUGGAACAGAUCAAUUUUUGGUGAUGUGCACUAUAAUGUGCAAAAGGCAAAGGACAAGCUAUCUAGAGCUGAAACGUCCCUCCUUUCCUCCAACUCUGAAGCUGAUUUGGUGCAACUAAAAUUAACCCAAGAGAGUCUCAAGUUAGCCCAACUUCAGGAAGAACUUUUUUGGAAGCAGAAGUCAAGGAUAAGAUGGUUUCAUGAAGGGGACAGGAAUACCAAGUUCUUCCAUGAUUCGGUGAAGGACAAAAGCAGAAGAUUGGGAAUUGCAAGGAUCAAAACUCCCUCGGGAGAGAUCCUCGAAACUCGAGAAGGCAAUGGAAGGGUGGCAGAGGUCUACUUUAAGGACCUCUUUUCUGCUCAAGAUAGGACAAAUAAUGAGGCCCUCCUAUCGUGCAUCCCAUCCAUUGUCUCCGAGCAGAUGAAUACGGACCUAAUGAGGCCUUUAAUGAUUGAUGAGGUGAAAGCUGCGACUUUAUCCAUUCCGAUAGAUAGCGCUCCCGGACCUGACAAAUUUGGAGGAGCUUUUUUCUCCUCAUGUUGGGAUAUCAUUGGCAACGAUAUAUACGAGGCGGUGACGGAUUUUUUCUCCGGUGGUCCCUUGCCCAGAGCCUUCCAAUGCACCCACAUUUGCCUUAUUCCAAAGAAGCCUAACUCAGAAACUAUGGCUGAUUACCAUCCCAUCAGCCUAUGUAAUGCCAUUAUGAAGAUUUUCUCGAAGAUUGUUGCUUCUAGAAUGGCUUCUAUCCUGCCGUCAAUAAUCUCUGAAGAACAAGGGGCUUUUGUUAAGGGGAGAUAUAUUGCGGAGAACAUCUCAAUUGCGAGGGAAGUGGCCCACGACUUGGACUGA